AUGGCUGCAGUGCACCUGGAUGAAAAGAUGCACAGGCUGUGCUCAGACGAUGCUCCCGGCUUAGGGCGCGGGAUGCCCUCAGGGCUUCAAGUGCAGGCGGUCCCUCUCUUGCUCCUUCCGCAGCAGCUCGGCCGCGAGCGGCAGCCGUUCUCGCAGCACCGCGUACCUGCAAGCACCGUGACAUUCCGCAACGCCCUCCCCCCCAGCGGCCGUGUCUCCCGAAACGAGCUCCUGGGCACCGGGUGCACCGCGCCUGGCCUCCGGCCUGCGCCCGCCUCGGAACCAGGGCCGUGGCCGGGUUGGCUGCCGGUGCCGCUACGGGAGCAGGCGGGAGGGGCGACAGCGAACCCGCGUUCAGCGCCGAGCGCGCUGCGGCGACCGGCUGCAGCGGAGGGAGCCGGGCCCGCUGCUCGGGGCCUGCCGCCGCCCAGCUGCGCGAGCUCCCGGCUCGGAGGUGAGGGCUCGCUGCCACGGGCCCGACGCUCCCCCGCGGAGCACCCGCCAGCGCCGGAGAGGUCCGGGGCCGAGCCCGGCGGGACUUCGCUCCUCUUCCUCCACCGGCGACACCGCAGCCGUUUCCGGCCGGGCGCGGCUGCCGGCGGAGGAUCUUAA